AUGUCGAAUUUCCGGAUGUUGGCUGGGAGCUGCAAUCAAGGAAGCGGGGGUGGAGGAAGCCACCGAGGUGGUCGCAGCGGAGCUGGAGGAAGCCGUGGUGGAGGAAGCGGAGGUGCGGAACGAAGAGUUGGAAAAGCUGGAGGCUCUUCCAAAGGAGGUUCUUCUGGGGUCGGUGGAUUCAGAGGCUCUUCCAGAGGAAGGUUCGGUGGUCCAUCUUCAGGCGGCGCUCACGGAAGUGGAGGUGGUGGCGGCGGCGCUGGACAAGACUGGUUUUGUCGAAACUGUGGAUCAUACAAUUUUGGUAGCCGCCCAUCCUGCAUCCGCUGUGCUCGCGUGAAAAAUUAUCUUUCCCCGGAUAAAAAAGUUGAAGCUAUGGAUGUAGACAAAACAACCCCUCUGCAGGGGCCCAGAUGUCUUCUUUGUCUAUGUAUGCCCGGCUGCACCUACGGAAGCCACCCCUGA